AUGGCACUCGCUUUGCCAGACUGGAACAAUCUUCAGCUCCUUCACAAUAAUACUUUGCCCCCACGUUCCCACUUCUAUCUGUUUCCUGACGAAGCCACUGCCGCCACCGGUGACGCCAACCAAAGCUUCUAUAAGUCGCUUAGUGGCCAAUGGAAAUUCAGAUAUGACACCUCCCCUCUUGUAGCUCCCUCGUGGGAGGAAAUCGACCCUACAAGCUGGCCCGAAAUCACGGUCCCUGGAAUGUGGCAGCUGCAAGGUUACGGUAAACCGCAGUAUACCAAUGUCAACUUCCCAUUUCCCGUGGACCCACCCAACGUGCCAUCCCAGAACGAGGUUGGCUCCUACUGGAGGGAAUUUUACGUGCCCUCAGACUGGGAGAAGGACGCUCGGAUUCGGAUCCGGUUCGAGGGUGUGGAUAGCGCAUUUCACCUGUGGUUGAAUGGCCACGAGGUCGGAUAUAGCCAAGGGAGUCGGAAUGCGCAUGAAUUCGACAUUACAGACUUUGUGACCCGGGACGCCAUCAACAAUGUUGCGGUUCGUGUAUACCAGUACUGCGAUGGAUCCUACAUUGAGGAUCAGGAUCAAUGGCGCAUGUCGGGUAUCUUCCGUGACUUGUACUUGGUUCCCUUCCUUCCGAAUACUAUUACGGACUACGAGGUCACCACGGAUCUGGACAAGUCGCUGUCAAAUGCGGUACUGAAAACUUCUGUCACUGUGGAGGGUGAUCAUGGCACUCUUCGUUUGAAAUUACUGGACCCCUCUGGCAAACAAAUCGCCGAGAAAGAGGACUCCCCGGCUAAACCGCUCGAGAUCUACGUCUCUUCUCCCCAGCUGUGGUCAGCUGAGACGCCGUCUCUCUAUACCCUGUUCAUCUCCUACGGAGACCGCGUUAUUCGUCAGAGAGUCGGUUUCCGACGCGUCGAGCAGAAAGGAUCCAACUUCGUGGUCAAUGACAAAGCUAUCACGUUCUACGGAGUUAAUCGUCAUGAGCAUCACCAUCUAUUCGGACGCGCGGUGCCUUACGAGUCCCUGAAGCAUGACCUCCUCCUCAUGAAACAGCAUAACAUCAACGCCGUUCGUACUAGUCAUCAGCCUAACCCCCCAGCGCUCUACGAUCUUUGCGACGAGCUGGGGCUUUACGUGAUCGCAGAAGCUGACCUUGAAUGCCACGGAUUCAACUCGGUUGAAUCGCUCAUAUUCGAGGAUGACACGUUAACCGGCAAAGAUCGACAAGAAGCGGUUUACAAGAAGGCCGCCAAAUGGACCACGGAUAAUCCUGAGUGGCGAGAGGCGUACGUCGACCGCGCGGUGCAACUCGUCGAAAGAUACAAGAACCACGCAUCGAUCGUGUUCUGGUCGCUGGGCAAUGAAUGCUUCUACGGAAGCAACAUGGCCGCUAUGUAUCACUGGGUCAAGAAGCGCGAUCCUACCAGACUGAUCCACUACGAGGGCGAUCGAGAGGGCACCACAACGGACCUGUACAGCACCAUGUACUAUAGCAUUGAGGAAAUGCUGGACAAGACCAACAACUACACUGACCGGGCCUUGAUCCAGUGCGAAUAUGGUCAUGCAAUGGGUAACGGACCCGGUGGAUUGAAGGAGUACGUGGAGCUGUACCGAAGAGAGCCUCGGAUCCAGGGAGGAUUUAUCUGGGAAUGGUGCAACCACGGUCUCUUGACUGAGCAAAACGGAACACAAUUCUAUGCUUACGGUGGUGAUUUCGGUGACGAGCCGAACGAUGCCGAUUUCAUCAUGGAUGGUCUGACCUACUCGGAUCAUACGCCGACUCCGGGAUUGACGGAGUACAAGAAGAUCAUUGAGCCAGUGACGGUAACGCGCAAGGGCGAUGAACUCCAGAUCCAAAAUCACUAUGACUUCAUCAACCUCAGUCACCUGAGCUGUACGUGGAAGGUUGUCGGCGAAACCGGUAGCAGCGAGCCCGUUGCAUUGGAACUGCCGUCGAUCCCUGCCGGUACAAUCAAGUCCAUUCCCAUUCCAGCAUACAAGACAAACAAGUCCCGUGAGGCCUGGCUUGAACUCAACUUUGUCCUCAAGAAUGGCACUUCCUGGGCUGAGAAGGGCCACGAAGUGGCGUGGGCCCAAAUUCAAGUCAAAUCCCAGUCCCCACCUCAAAGCCCAGCCCCCCAAAAAGCAGCUCUUUUGGCUCAACAGAAAGGAGGUCACCUUCUGAUUACUGGACCCGAACAUCAAACCAACUACUCCGUCAGCCUCGAAACCGGUCAGAUUCAAUGGACCUCGCACGGUCAGCGCAUCGUGGAGAGUGGACUUGGACUUGGAUUCUACCGCGCCAUGACAGAGAACGACGAGGGUGAUGACGGCGACCAGGAAGAGUGGGAAAAUUACCGCGUGAACCAUCUCCGUACCUCAAUUCAGAACAUCGCCUGGACUAGAGGAAACACCUCUGUCACCGUCAAGGUAGCCGCCCGGGUCGCUCCCGCCGUUCUCGACUGGGCCGUCAACACUCUCACCACCUACACCAUCUACGACGAUGGCAUCGACGUACACUCCACGGGCUCGUUCUCUGGCUCUCACCCGAGCACCAUCCCUCGUAUCGGACUUGACCUUGAGCUGCCUGGGUCCUUUAACCACUCUUCCUGGUUUGGCCGCGGCCCCGGCGAAUCAUACAGCGACUCGAAAGAGGCCAACCGCUUCGGCACCUACAAUCUCUCGGUCGCCGACCUAUUUACUCCAUACGAGUAUCCCCAGGAGAACGGCAACCGGAUUGAAACUCGAUGGGUGAAACUCUCCUCCACAGACACUGGGCACGACAGCGUGUUGCAAGUCACAGCACCCGAGCCGUUCAGCUUUACAGCAAGAAAUUUUCCGGACGAGGCACUCAACGAGGCCAAGCAUCCGUUUGACCUGAAGCCCCUGGAUCAAACCUUCCUACACAUCGAUUCUCAAACGCACGGGUUGGGAACUGGAACCUGCGGACCGGGUCCUCGACCGGAGUACCAGCUGCGCCCUGAGCCGUUUGAGUUUAAGGUGUCGUUUAGGGUUAUAUAA